AUGUCGCCUGUCUUUACUUUGACCGCCCUCCAGAUUCUUCUGGGAUGUAGCGCAACGCCGAAUUAUCCGGAGCUUGAUCCUAAGCUCCAAAUUUACCAAGACGCAUCAAAGGCGUUCCCGCUAGCUCAGACCUGGUACGUGUUGUACAGAAACUAUGAGAAGGACCCGGCAUUUGGAACAUCCAAGUGUUUAAAGCACAAUUAUUUGAAGUCGGAAAAGGAUGGACAAUAUCGAACCUUCGCUCAGUACGGAGAAAACAAUUCAGCUAAGGAGCGGGUGACGCUAGGGUCCACUGAAGGAUAUACUGCCAAGAAUGUGGUAAACAUUCAUCCCGACGGCCAAAAUAUCACGCUUCCUGUGUACAUCUCUUUUCUGGAUGUGAAAACAUGCGCAGUCACCAGGAACAUCUACGUCAAUGAAGAUGCAUGCAGUGUCUCCGUUCCCGAAGACCAGCUUGGAAAAAGUGCCACCUGCUGCGAUUUCAUUUACGACCUGCUCUGCGGUACAUACAAGUAUCAGAUAUCAGACAACAGCUGCAAGAACCAAUACUGA